UGAUCCAUCCCAACCCGACAUAAUAAAUUGACUUUUUGGUACCGACCUAACCCGGCCCGUUUCUUAUCAGGACGAGCUCGGGGCCUUCCCUUUCGUCUCUUUCAUUUCCUACAACAAGUUACAAGUCCCUCCAAAAGAAAAAGAAACCAGGUCGCAAAAUUCGAAUCCCUAACGACCAGAUUGCAGUUUGAGUUUGAAUUAUUUCCAGAUCAAAUUUGCUAAAGAAGUCCCGUUUCGCAUUACGAAGUUACAGCAAUCAAUCGUAAUCUCGUAAAUCGGCAGGUAGCACUAGCAGCAAUCUUCCAGUGCUAUUCAUGGGAGUUGUUAGUUAUCUUGGGAUUACAGUUACCCCAAUUGCCCCAGGUAUGCAGAAGAGAGAGCAUUCAUAUCAACAUCUAUCAAGGCAUCAGUGCAAGUUGAGGAAUACAAGAGUGCUGGCAUCAUCUGAGACGUUGAAAGUACCCCUUGCGUCUAACAAGUAUGGAAAAGACCAGCCUUUAGUCAAGAUGUGCGGAAUCACAUCUGCUAGAGAUGCUGCAAUUGCAGCUGAAGCCGGUGCUGAUUUUAUUGGGAUGAUUAUAUGGCCAAAAUCUAAACGUUCUGUUUCUCUUUCAACUGCAAAGGAGAUUUCAGAGGUUGCUAGGAAGUAUGGGGCUGAGCCGGUUGGGGUGUUUGUUGAUGAUGAUGCUGACACUAUUUUAGAAGCUGCUGCUACAUCAAACAUAGAAUAUAUCCAGCUUCAUGGAAAUGGUUCACGGAGUUCUUUCCCGCAGUUAGUGAAGGAGAAUCGAGUUAUCUAUGUUCUUCACACUGAUAAACAUGGGGUGCUCCUGAAUAAUAUUUCUCAAGAAGAUUGUGCUCUCGUAGAUUGGAUCCUAGUGGAUAGUGCAACUGGGGGAAGUGGGGAAGGAUUCGAUUGGAAGCAAUUUAAGUUACCGUCAAUAAAUAGCAAACAUGGUUGGCUAUUGGCUGGAGGAAUCAAACCAGAGAAUGUUCAGGAAGCCCUUCUUACUCUUCGCCCGAACGGAAUCGAUGUUAGUAGUGGUAUCUGUGCUUCAGAUGGCGUCCAGAAGGAUGAGUCUCGUAUAUUGUCUUUCAUGAAUGCACUUCAAGAAAAGAACUAAAACAUAUUAGAAAAGGAGAUCAAAGACCUAGAAGCCCCUGUAGCCAAAAGGUGCGCGGGAUGAAUUCUAGCCCUUUCGACCUUGUUGAUGGAGCAGAAAUCAAAGGAAUACGCCGCAUCCUUCAUCUCUGCCAAAGACCAGCUUACCUGUAGAUCAACACUACCUUCUUCGCGCAUGAGGGUCUAGGCCAACUUCAAGGAAGAAUUAACUCCGGUAAUGAGGUUAUUUACCAAAUGAAAUUAUAUUGAAGCCUUUAGCUAUUCGAAGUGUAAUUAAAAUUGAAAUGGCUAAAAUCGAAUUUUGUCUAACCGCUUUUUUGUUUUUGUUUUUGCGAACUUCUUUUGUCUAACUUUAGUUACCCAAAAUCAGAGCUGGAAAAAUAUGACACGACAUGACACAAACGAACAAGAUACAAGCUGGUUAUUGUUAAAUGUUUCAGACAUAUUUAAUUAAACAAGUCUGAUUAUUGUUGAGAUUUUCAACCUGUUUAUAUUCGACAAGAUACAUUUGUCGGUUUUACUCGAAAUAUAAAGUUUCCUUUCUAUUA